AUGGUGAACGACAAGAAAGGCUCGACCGACGCUGAUUCGCAUAAGCAACACCAAACCACAGACGAUAACAAGACCAGUCUCGAAGGACAAAGCACAGAAUGGCAGACAAGGCAGUUGCCAGAACUACUGAGAGAUCUCUCGGAGGAAGAGUUCAAAGCUCUCGAGAAAAGCUUAAUCCGAAAAGUUGACUAUCGAAUGCUGCCAACCAUGAUUCUCAUAUACAUCAUGAAUUAUCUCGACAGAAAUGCCAUUGGGUCCGCCAGAUUGGGUGGAUUGGAAGAAGACCUUGGUUUGACGGGCAAUGAGUUCCAGACUUGUGUAUCGAUCCUUUUCGUCGGAUACACUCAUGCAGGUACCCUCAAACCUAUUCCUCAACAAGAUCGGACGUCCUGCCAUGUACUUGACGGGAUGCAUGGCAGUUUGGGAUGCCUUGCAACACUUAGUGCUUGGUAUGUUCGCAAAGAACUCGGUGUUCGCACUGGUAUCUUCUACAGCGGCUCCAUGCUCUCCGGUGCAUUCUCGGGCCUUAUUGCGGCAGGCAUAACAAACGGCAUGGAUGGCCUCGGUGGGCUGCUCGCCUGGCGCUGGCUCUUCAUCAUCGAGGGUUCUUUAACUGUAGUUAUUGCUAUCGGCGCCUACUUCGUCCUUCCUGACUUCCCUGCAAACACGAAGUGGCUGACUGAACAGGAGCGGCAGAUGGCGAUGUGGCGUAUGGAGGCCGAUGCCGCUGGCGAGGAGGACUGGACUUCUUCAUCUGCGCAACCCUUAUUAGCCGGGUUCAAGAUGAUCAUAGUCGAUCCUAUCAACUGGAUUCUUGUUGUUGUUGUUUACGGCGCAGCGAGCUCCAUUUCCAUCAACAGUUUCUUUCCAACUGUCGUGGGCAGUCUCGGAAAAGAUCGCAUUACGACACUACUUCUUACAUCACCUCCCUAUCUCCUCGCUUGCAUCGCAUGUGCGGGAGUGUCGUAG